ACGCACAGGGGAUAAAAGAAAAAGAUCAAGACUACACCUCCUGGCAAAGCGCAUCACUUGCUUUCCGAAAGAUUUAAAAAACAAGUUUUGGUGCGAGAUUUGGCCCGUCCCACUACCAGCUGUAUACGGCUGUAAUAUUUGCUUGAUUCGGCGCCAGGAUUACCUGGAAAAAACGACCAAAGCAUUUUUACUGUACACUAGUUACUACUCCCGAAAACUAAAAAUCCGUCAUACGGUCUGAAGAUUGCAUUUUUUUCUUUGAGAUCUUUCGACGGAAUGUUGCGUUCUUUUCCGGGGUUUCUUCAAAAUUAACUUUAUCACAUUGCUAAUUUUAACAGUCACCGUUAAUCUUUAACGAUAAUGAGCGGAAAAAGAGCAUCAUCUAAGAACGAACAACCAGUUGACGAUGGAGCAGAAUUCUCCGUUGAAAAGAUUCUCGACAGGAGAGUUGUUAAUGGCAAGGUUGAAUACUAUCUAAAAUGGAAAGGGUACUCUGCAGAAGAGAACACUUGGGAGCCAGUGGAGAAUCUUGACUGUCCAGAUUUGAUCCAAGCGUUUGAGGAUGCCAGAAAGAAAAAAGAAAAAGAGGGUAAGUCAAAUUCUACAAAUGCAAGUAAACCCUCUGCUGAGAGUGACCUCCUCGCAGGCAAGGAAGAAAGCUCGGGUAGAAAGGUUAGUCGCAAAUCGGCAGCUUCCGACGAUUCUAAGGUUCCCGCAGCAAAGAGAAAGUCUACUACUGGAGAAGACAAAAAGAUUGGUUUCGAUCGAGGUCUCGAACCAGAGGAAAUUCUCGGUGCCACCGAUCACAACGGUCAGUUGAUGUUUUUGAUGAAAUGGAAAGACGCGGCAAAUGCAGAUCUUGUACCGGCUAAACAAGCGAAUGUAAAGUGUCCACAGAUUGUUAUCAAAUUCUACGAGUCCCGCCUUACAUGGCAAACGUCUGAGAAGAAAAACGACUCGAAGGACGAUUACGCCUAAAGGACUAACUGAUAGUAUAAAACACACAGCUUAAUUAUAAGAGUAUGGAUAUGUGAAUCUAUUUUAAGUACCAACUUUCUCUUUCCUUUUUACAUCAUGCUGGUAAAAAGAUUUGACAAACUACGAUUCCCACGCCUCAGAAAACAAAACAAACAAUACACAUAUACAGAUUCACGAUGUGUAGUUCUCGGAGCACUUUUAUUUCUCGUAUACCCCAUUUGAUCUAGUGGACGUUGUAAAUUAAAAUUAUUAAAAUGAAAUUUGUUUAUUAUUUCAAAUAUAAAAACACUUGCAGUAUAUGCAGGGAAUAAAAAAAACCUAUUUAGAAAGUUUACAUAACUUCUUUUGUACAUUCGGUAUUCGAACAAAGUCGAGAUAUGAAAAAAGCUGUAUGCCAACCACGUUAAUUUCCUUUCUACUUUUGUACGAUUGAACGUAGGGCUGCACCAUUUUUAAAGUCUGACGAAUGUGAUUAUGUACUGCUUUUAUGUCAGUAUAAAACUACCAAUCGUCAAAUAAACCGAUGUCCGCAUUGCGGCUUUUGUUUGCAAAAAACAUUCGUUCGCUGGAAUCAUUUUUUUUUUUUAUUUUUUUACAAAUAUAACAUCUGAACUAUGUGUAAGAAAGUGAACAUUUAAUUAAUAGUAAUCAAUAAAGUAAAAAACUCAA